AUGUACCACGCCGCGAUAGACUGCUACAACGCUAUUGCUGGUGCAAUUGAGUUCGUCAGGAACAAAAUUGAAGUGGCUUUCGCAAAGCUUGUUCCGUGGCUGGGAUUCAUAUUCAAUUGGAGUGACAUCAAGCGCACGCAUCUUGUGAUGAAAAAUAUCAUGAAACACAACGAGCUCUAUCACAACCUGGUCUCGCCAUUCAUAGAAACCAUAAUCCACAUCGUCUGGGUCUUCCCUCCAUUCUUCGCCAUUGCGGCUAAUAACGAUCGGCACGAUAGCGAUUGGUUCUCGCUGGGCGCGAACCUGACCUUUGAUCUCGGGGGAAUUUUGACUAUAUUCACUGCUCCUGCUAUCGUGGGACCGGGGCCAGAGUGUGACGCAGUUUUUGUUGUCGCGGAGGUGCUUUCCAUUACAUAUGGUGUCCUCUGUGUUUGUUCGGCGGGAACCCAUCCAGCUCUCCUGGUGACAAGAAACAACGUUCCAAAUCAUAAUGAAUGCACAGUUUCGGUCGCGGGUAAUCCAAAUACUCACUCGACCGCCAAAGACCACCCCCCGAAGCCGCUACAGUUUCGUACGCCAUAA